AUGCCUGAAAAGAAUACGAACAUGAAUCUUCUUAUGGAAUUUCUUCAAGACAAUGGUGUCAUUUGGGACAAGGAACUUGUUGAAGUAUUGCCAGCAUGCAUGAAUCCAGACCUUUCAGACACGACCUAUGCCUGUUAUGCCAUCAAGGAUUGCAAAGAGGGAGACGUCAUUGCAUGGAUCCCAAGAUCAUCACUUCUUUCGUCGAAAACAACGGCGAUUGCUGAUAUGAUCAUGGAAGAGGGCCUUGCUUCAACUCUACGACCUGAGUGCUCUCUUGCUCUUGCUUUAAUGUACGAGCUUCUGGCGGAUGAUGAAUCACCUUGGAAAGGAUACUUGCAAUCUUUGCCGACCAACAUUAUGACACCAACGACAUGGAAUGCAAAAGACAAAGACUUGCUACGUGGGACUGAAGUAGAAAAUACAAACAAAGCUUGCACGAUACACGUUUGGGAUGACUACCAAAAGAUCCAGCGUCGCUUUCCUUCUUAUUCCUAUAGCAAGUACUGGACCAAUGUCAUUCUUGUACGCUCCCAUAUGCUUCGCGUCGACGAUUAUCAUCACCUUGCAAUGGUGCCAUUUAUGAAUUUGCUGAUGAAGCAUGAUGAUGAUCAUCACAAGGGUCAAGCUCGUUUGGACGUGAGUGAUGGUGCUGGCGUGUGUCAAAGCUGUGGCAAGAACCAAAUUGGAAAUUGUCCCUCUUGUUCGGUUCCUUACGUGAAGAGCGGUGGUGAUCAACAACAACUACACCUUGAUGAUUUGGAAGCCCUUGAAGAAGCAGGCGUCAACUUUUACAACCAGCAUACAUCAAAGGAUCAAGACAUCUAUUAUCGUGUGGUGCUUACUCGUGGCGUGAAAAAAGGCGACAUGAUUCGAUAUGAUUAUGGACCCUAUUCAUCGGCUGAAAUGCUUACUCGCUUUGGCUUUUGCUACACCGACAAUGAUCUUGAGCAUGAAAAGUUUUCCGUGUCGAGAGAAAUGAUCUUCGCUGUAUGUGUGGACACCGUACGAGAUGUCAUGCGUGGAAAGCAGAGAAUGACUACAGUGGCGACGAAGCGAGCGAGUGAUCAUGUGCGUGAAAGAUUUCGAUUCUAUUGCAGCAAGAUCCAGUAUUUGAGCCUUGCAUUUACCAGCAACUACAGCAUCCUUGCAUCCAUUUUCGGCACCAACAGCUACAUCCUUCCAGCAAUCCAUGAUCGCUAUACAGCAAUAAAUGGGUGUUAUCCCGAUGAUCUUCUUGUGUUGCUCCACAUUGUAUUUGCAAACGAUGCCUUGUUCAACAGCUAUCAAGCGAACAUCUUUGUGGCGGUUGGGGAUAUGCGAAAAUAUCUGGGAUUGAUUCAUGGGCAAGAAGAAGGCCAUCAUGCUAUCAAUGGAAAACGGGUGCGACCUGAUCCUCAAGUUGAGCAUUUGCAACGUUUGGUAUUUACUGCCUGCCAUCGACUUUCCUCACGCCGACGUGCCUGUUAUGACGAACCAGGAGCCUACUUACCCAUCCCACCUGAAAUGGAUGCAUAUCGACGUGACCACGAGCAAUUGGAACGAGAAGAAUACUAUGCUCUUACAUGCCGUAUCAAUGAGAAGCGUAUCAUCCAGAAAUCCAUGGAGCAUUAUCGUCACCUGAUCGAUGUGUGCCUUGAGGAUGAGGAUGCAUUGAACUAUAGCAACAAGAAAUACCGAUCGAAUUAG